AUGGACUCGGCACAUGCUGGCCAUUCAAGAACCAACAUGAAGCACGCCUUCUCCAUCAUUACAUCGUGCACCUAUCAAUGCAGCUUGCAGUUCGAUUCCUGCGAUAAGCAGCGCCACUUUGGGAAGGAGAUACCAAAACGGGCUGCACCUUAUCCAGUCAUCAAGAAUGCCAUCUUCGCCGUGGCCUCACGGCAGAUGAGCCUGCUGGCGGGAAACCAGGACGACGAAUCGCCUCAUUAUGUGAGCGAAUGUCUCCGGAUCUUGAUCAGGGCUUUGGAGGACCCUAUGGGUCACUUUGAUGAGAACUUGCUGGCGGCUGUCAUUCUCCUGAGAACUCAUGAGGAAAUGUCCGAAAACGACGAACGACGCCAUCUGUUCGGCACCACGCGGAUCUUGAACUCGAUAGCCUCCUUUGCCGCAGAUGGCGGACUCCGCGAGUCGGCUAGCUGGGUGUCGCUCAGACAGCACAUCUACAUCUCCCUGACCUCCCAGCACCCACUCACCAUCAAUCUCACCAACUACCGGCAUUCGAGCGUCUUUCGGAUCUCGGACGACGAAUCCUGGGCGAAUCGCAUCAUCUUCAUCUUUGCCCAACUUUUGACCUAUGUCUUUGGCGACGACCACGAGCAGCAGUUGUCCCUGGAGCAGUGGACCGAGUUGGACGCCGAGGUCACGUCCUGGGAAGCGUCCAAGCCGUGGCACUUUGCGCCCCUGUUCAUCGAGAGCCCCGGAGUUUCUGCACUCGAUUCGUCCAACAGGGGACCGUGGCCCGAGCUCUACGUGUGUAACCCGGCGCAGGUCGUAGGACUCCAGCACUAUUAUCUUGCCAAGGUCGUCCUGGCCAUCUAUGACCCUCGCCUCUCGAAGCUGAGUUUCGGAUCGCUGCGCUUGAGAAGGGACUCUGAGUCCAUGGUCCGCGAGUGUCUCCGAAUGGUGGUCGGUCUGGCUGUUAGCAACGACCAUGUACAGACGGCCAUGUUUCAAGCGUCCCAUAUCCUUUCGGCAUGCGGCAUGUACUUGAACAACCGAGAUGAACAGGAGGCUGCGGUCAAUUUCCUUGAACAGAUGACCCGGCGCAUGGGUUGGCAGACUUCGCACAUCAUUCGCGACCUCAGGGAACAGUGGCAAAGCUAA